AUGAGCUUACUCUUGCUUCCAAAUGAGGUACUCCUCAUGAUCGCGGAGGAGGCGCCGCAGAAAGACAUGAACUCGAUGGCUCAGCUGAAUCGGUUCUUCUAUUCCCUCAUCAACAGACGCCUUUACGCCCGCAAUGUCAAGUACUCUGGCAGCUCCGGCCUGACCUGGGCCACAAUUCAUGGGCAUCUCGCAACGUUCCAGCACUUCAUCAAGGCUGGUGUGGACAUUACAAAGUCUACCAACCCCAUCACGCAUGGCCUUUUCCACCUUGCUGCCAAGCAUGGCAAAGUCGAAGUCGCCCAGUUGCUGAUAGAGCACGGCGCCAGAAUCAACCGCUUCGAUAACUCGUUCAAAUCUCCACUACACCUUGCUGCGACAUACGGACAUGCAGCCGUCGUCGAGCUGCUCCUGAAACAUGGAGCCACGCUGAACGAGAACACCAAUAAUUACGUCCCCGAAAACCCUCUACAUAUCGCCGCGAAAUAUGGACACACCGAAGUAGUCCGUCUCCUGCUUCAAGCUGGAUGCAACGUCAAUCGCCCUACAUCCAGGUUCCAGGAGACCCCGUUGCACCUCUCGCUGAUGCCCGCUCAAUAUCGUUCGCUUCGUAAGAACGCGCAGAUCAGCCACAGAAGGUCGCAAAAGGGCAAAACGGCGAUAGUCCUCCUCGAGCAUGGAGCGGAUAUUCACGUUCGACGCCAAAUGGGCCGAGGCCGAACCCCCCUGCACCUGGCAAUCGAUUCGGAGCAAGUGAAAGUCAUUCAACGCUUGCUCGAAAUGGGUGCAUCUCCCUGGGAUCGCAUCGACCCGACGGCUCGGCUCCCUGCCAAGAUUGACAACGCAGUGGAUCUGGCAGAGAGCUGUGACAACUACGAGGUCAAGCGGGUCAUGGGCAAAGCAAUGUACCCGGAAGCAUCCAGCUGGAGGGCGGCACCUAAGCCCCAGUGGAAAUUCGAGGGCUGGGGGGACGAUGAGGUCAAUUUCGAUGUACUUUGUGCAUUGAAAGACUUCCAACGUCCCGAAAUGAUCGAAAGUGGAGAGGACCCCUUCUCUCUACUGGGGUGA